UUAUCUUUUAACGCGUCGAGUAACGCGUCUUUUAAUCAUGCUUUCUGGGAAGAGAUUAUGGCAAGUUAGAAGAACUCGUUACAGUUAUAACAUACUGGGACUCGUGAAAAAAGGAGAGAUUGAGAAAGCUGAAGAAGUCCUUCAGAGUAUGAUAGACCGUCGUGUCUAUCCUGAUAUCUUUGCAUAUAAUGCACUCAUUAAAGGAUAUGUACUGACCAGUGACGCUAGAAAAGCUUUUAAAACAUUUAAUAAUUUAAAAAAGAGAGGUCUAAUGCCAUCAGAUAUUACCUAUACAAGCAUGUUUGCCGUAUGCGGUCGAACGAAAUCAGCGGAAAUACUCGAUAAAGUGAUGAAAGAAAUAGAAAGACAAGGAGUGUCACUCAAUACAUUAACAUUCAAUGCAAUGCUGACAGCAAUGGCUAACUGUGGGAUGGUUGAUGAGGUUUUUGAUGAAGUCACUAAACUAGACAAACCUGAUAUAGACACAUACAGGUCACUCCUUCUUGCCUGUGCUAGGAGCAGUAUG